UUCCCUUCCGCCCGGGGAGGUUUUUCCGAGGCAGCUGCACUGGCAGAAGGGGGUGAGGGUGGGGUCCGGAAAAUCCACUGGGACCAAAGGCUGUGCUGGGCAUCAAGGCCGGGCCUGGGCUCCUGUUUCCAGAGAGGAGGGUGGUCUGGCGGGGUGGCAGCGUUUGGCCGGCCUUGGCUAAUCUCCAGCAGGAUGGGAGCCCCCCACACAUCCCGGGCUGCAGAGGAAGAUGCAUCCCAGGAGAAGUCAGCGGCCUGCAGUGCCCUGGAAGAGGACGUGUGGGCUUGGGGCCCCCUGCUGCUGGGCUCCUUUCAGACCCGCUCUGAAGCAGCAGCAGGCUGCGCGGCCCGGCCCGCCCUCCAGGUCUUGCCCAGAAAUGGUUCCCUCCCUGUCUGGGUUGUGGCCAGGCGCGAAGGAGGGAUCUGGCCCUGAGUUAUUUAGAGUCCAGCUCAGCUGGGCCGGAAGGGGCUCUCCCUGCCUGCUCCCUCAGCACCCCUCAGCACGGGCAGGAUCCGAGGAAUCCCUGGGGGGGAGGGGGGAGGCAGUGCAUCGCCCCUUCUGAGCUGUGGGGGGCCUCUCUCCCCAGCAGCCUUGGGGCCUUUUCCCUCCCACCUGGGGCUGGCCCCCUUCUGGCUCAGCAGGGAGGGGGCACCCAGCCUGCGCCUGAUUCCAGGCCACAGGCAGCAGAUGCCAGCCUCACGUGAUGGAAACGGGCUUCUCGAGCCAAGUGGCUCCUGUGCCAGCAGGGCAUAUAAACACACCUCGGGCCAAGGAUGACGGUGGCUGCAGCUCAGGUGGCUGGGAUCGGUGGGAGGAGGCCCCACGGGCAGCAGACCUUUGCCCCCGGGCGGCCAUUGCCACCUUGACCCCGGUCCAUCCGCAUUCCCCGCAGGCCUAGGAGCAAAAGGGUUUGAAGAAGGCGAAGAAGAGAGAAGGGAGCCCUCAAGCGCUGCCCCUCAAAAAGGUACCGGUGCCCUUUCCAAACUGCCUGGAAGCCGCUGCUGACACGGAACCUACAACCAGCCAUCUUCCUCUGGCGAGCUGCCUUGCCGCAGAGCGUCAGUCCCGUACUCUGCGCGUGCUCUGAGGGCUCUGCGCUUGGACAUAUUUCCUUCCUUCCAAGAUCAAUAGGAUUGGAGGCAGCGGCGGAGACCCAGGAUGGCGGAAGCCCACCAGGCGGUUGCCUUCCAGUUCACGGUCACCCCAGAGGGGGUGGAUUUCCAGCUGAGCCGGGAAGCGCUCAAGCAGGUCUACCUUUCGGGCCUCUCGUCCUGGAAGAAGCGGUUCAUCCGGGUCAAGAACGGCUUCCUGACUGGGGUGUACCCGGGCACGCCCUCCGGCUGGCUGGUCGUCACCAUUGCGACGGUGAGCUCUACGUGGGUGCACGUGGAUGUCUCCAAGGGGCUGAUCAGCAGCAUCCAGAGGCACCUGCCCGCCAGCUGCAGCUGCUACUUCAGCCUCCGCCAGCAGACUCUGCUGAGCGCCCUGCUCUUCUCCACGGGCGUCUGGCUCGCGGGCAUCUGGCUGCGCCGCCAGAUGCUCAAGCUGCUGCUCUCCUACCACGGCUGGAUGUUCGAGCCCCACGGCAAGACUAGUUUCAGCACCAAAGUCUGGGUGGCCAUGGUGAAAGUGAUGUCCGGUCGCCACCCCAUGCUCUACAGCUUUCAGACCUCCUUGCCCAAGCUGCCGGUGCCUUAUGUGGAGGACACCGUCCAGAGGUAUCUGGACUCUGUCCAGCCCUUGCUGGACAAGGAGAAGUACGACCGGAUGGAAGCUCUGGCCCUGGACUUCCGGAAGAACGUGGCCCCUCGGCUCCAGAAGUAUCUCAUCCUCAAGUCCUGGUGGGCCACCAACUACGUGAGCGACUGGUGGGAGGAAUACAUUUAUCUCCGGGGAAGGGGUCCCAUCAUGGUGAACAGCAACUACUACCUCAUGGAUUUUCUCUACACCACCCCCACGCCAAUUCAGGCUGCACGGGCUGGCAACUGUGUGCACGCAAUCCUGAUGUACCGGCGCCAGCUGGACCGGGAAGAACUUGUGCCCGUGAUGGCGCUGGGGGUGGUGCCCAUGUGCUCCUAUCAGAUGGAAAGGAUGUUCAACACAACACGCAUCCCUGGCAAAGAGGCAGAUUCCCUUCUGCACCUGUCCGACAGCAAGCACCUGGCGGUCUUCCACAAAGGGCGCUUCUACAAGGUCUGGCUGUACCACGGGGGGAAGAUGCUGCCGCCCCGUGACCUCGAAAUGCAGUUCCAGCGCAUCCUGGAUGACCCCUCGCCACCGCAGCCCGGGGAGCUGAGGCUGGCGGCCCUCACAGCAGGCAGCAGGGUUCCGUGGGCCGAGGCCCGUGCCAGGUACUUCAGCCGGGGCAGGAACAAGGCAUCGCUGGAGUGCAUUGACCGAGCCGCCUUCUUCCUGACCUUCGACGAAGAGGCGCAAGACUACAGUCGAGAGCGGGAGGAGAGUCUGGACGAUUACGCCAAGAGCCUCCUGCACGGACGCUGCUAUGACCGGUGGUUUGACAAGUCCUUCACGCUGGUGGUCUAUCCGAACGGCAAGGUGGGCGGCAACGCCGAGCACUCGUGGGCCGAUGCUCCCAUCAUGGGACACCUCUGGGAGUUCACGCUGGCGACGGACCAGUUCCAGCUGGGUUACUGCAGUGGCGGGCACUGCCACGGGGUGCCCAACACCGAUCUGUCCCCACCGCAGCGUUUGGUGUGGGACCUUCCAGAAGAGUGCAUCAGGGUCAUUGACUCCUCCUAUGGCGAGGCCCGAGCCCUGGCGGACGACGUGGACUUCUCUUGCUUCCGGUUCACCAGUUUUGGCAAAGGGCUCAUCAAGAAAUGCCGGACCAGCCCCGACAGCUUCAUCCAGAUCGCUUUGCAGCUGGCGCACUUCCGGGACAGGGGCCACUUCUGCCUCACCUACGAGGCCUCCAUGACGCGGCUGUUCCGGGAGGGCCGGACAGAGACUGUGCGCUCCUGCACCCAGGAGGCGAUUGCCUUUGUGCGCAGCGUGGCCGACCCCAACAGCAGCCCCUCGGAGCGCCUGCAGCUGUUCCGGGCGGCUGCCGAGAAGCACCAGCAGAUGUACCGCCUGGCCAUGACAGGGGCGGGCAUCGACCGGCAUCUCUUCUGCCUCUACGUGAUGUCCCGCUACCUCGGCGUGAGCUCCCCCUUUCUGGACAAGGUGCUGUCCGAUCCGUGGCGCCUCUCCACCAGCCAGACUCCGCAGCAGCAGAUCAAGAUGUUCAACCUGGACUCCUACCCGGAUUACGUCUCCGCCGGCGGAGGCUUUGGGCCUGUGGCUGAUGACGGCUACGGGGUCUCCUAUAUCAUUGUGGGCGAGAACCUGAUCAUGUUUCACAUUUCCAGCAAGUUCUCCAGCCCUGAGACGGACUCCAAGCGCUUCGGGAGGAACGUCCGGCAGGCCAUGGUGGACAUCGCCACGCUGCUUGAGGUGCAGGCCGGGAGAAGGGCCCGCUCAGCGGGGGGCCUUUGCUGAGUGCCAGGGGGAAGCGGCAGCUGGCCUCGGAGCUGGCCUGGCAGGCCGCCUGCUGUGAGCAUUGCCAAGACUUGUGCCAGCCGUCUGGCUGCAGCUCCUGCCCUGCUGAGCUGCACCGCUGGUGGAUCGGAGGGUUUGUGGGGAGGGGGCAGCGAGCGGCUGCCCAUGAUGUCACUUAUAAAGGAGGAUCACUUUUGCCUGCC